GGAGCGCAGCUCCUCCGGGCCAGGCGGCUGGCGUUGCCCGCUCGCACAGCACUGGGAAGCGGCUCUCCCUGGCCUGCCGGGGCGGCGGCUGCGAUCCCGGACCAUAGCUUCCCGCCACGCGCCUGAGCUGUGGACUCUCCCCAGAGCCUCGGCCAGCGGGAGGGGCGCCCACCGCGCUGUGUGCAGCGGCGCAGGGAGGCGGUGAGCGUGUGCAGAGCGGCCUGAACCGUGUGUGUGUGUGUGCGUGUGCGUGUGUGUGCGCGCGUGAGCGCGCGUGUGUGCGUGCACGCGAGUGUGCGCGUGUGCUUUUCUUCUUCCCUUGAAGAUGUGAAUGGCUUCUCAGCUAGCUGGUCCUUGGGAUUCUUGACUUUGGGGAGCUGUGAGCCCAAACCACCCAUGUAAUUCAUGUUGCAUGGUCGGUUAUACCAGGAAAAAAAAAAGGCGCAACUGCACGGGGGUGGGGCAGAUCCACGAAACAUUCUGGAAACGAGAAAUAGAAAGAGGGGAGAGGAAUAGAAAUACGAAUAUUGAAAGACCUGAGAAGACUUUCGGAAUCUCCCGGCUGGCCUUUCCGUUUUCCGGCAGGAACCUGGAUGUUUUCCACCUUUUCAAGUCAUCUUGGUGUUUCUCUAGUGUUUUGUAAGCUGCUUUCCAGCUAGCUGCGUGUGUGUAUGUGUGUGUUUGUGCGCGUGUGUAUGUGUGCGCGCCUAUCGGAUGCAUUUGACAGUCUUUUUUUCCAACUGCCCAGAAGCAAAUGUGUUAACUCGGAGAUGCCCCUCCAUGCCCAGGUUCUCACAGAGCGCGGAGGACGCCCAGACCCGUUUUCCUGGCUGGAUUCCGGGCGACUGCUGGGCUGUGGAGCCAGGUGUAUGGAUCACUUAAUCCAGAGGCUUGGAAAGUAGCUGUAUUAACCAGCUUCCAGGUACAUUGCAAGGUCAAGAGAGGGUCUUGCAGCUGUCUUAUUUCCUUGCAUCUUGACUUUCCUGUUUCGGUCAGAAGAAUAUGAACGUGUCUGUCCACGACAUUUGAAGCCCAAACUUCGGCACUUCCACCUGGUUUACUGUACAAACAAGGUAAUGAGGAUUGCUUUUCAAACUGCUUAAGGAACCCCCGACAGUUCCAUAGCCCUUCCAGGACUCCCUUACUCCCCAGCGAAAUGUCACCAGCUUUUGAAUUCCAAGGAUCUGGGCUGCAGGAGAACUUGAAGGAAACGUGAUCAAGGGCUAUGUGAGAAAGCGACUGCUCUCUUUGCCGGUGGGCUGGUGAGCUUCAGGAGCGGAUCUUGAGAAGGACCGGUACUGUUUCUCCCUCCGGAUGCGGUGCUGGGAGUGCUUGUGCAAGUGUGAGUGCGCGCGCGCCCGGCUGAGAAUGUGUGAGUGUGUGUGAGCGUGUCUGUGUGUGUGUGUGCGCGGCCGCCCUGCUUCUGCCGGCUCCCCGGGCGCGGAUCCAUCGGUUUCAUGGGGCGAUUUGCGCUGAUUCCCCACCCAGCGCGACCUGCGGGCAGCGGCGGCAGUGGCAGGAGCCACCUCUCUGACUCCCUAGGAUGCGGGUGCUGAGCUAUGGCAAAGGGCAGCGAAGUGAUGAGCAAGACCCCAGUACAGCCGUGAAAGCCACCUGGAGCCACCUUGCCUGGAUCUUACCUGCAGGCAGAAAGUCCUCCUAUGACCGUCUUUCCCCCUAGAGGCACCAGAGCUGAAGCUGAACCCAGGGCCUUGUGCUUGGUAGGCCAGCACUCCACCACUGAGAGUCCCUGUAUCCAUUCAGCCAGGUGUUGAGGAGAGAUGUAGUAGCUGACGGCCCUUCCCUCAGACACUGUUCUCAGCCCCAGCUUUGGAGAUGCGUUCACCCUGUCGGUUUUCUGCAGUAGCCAGGCCGAGUGCUGACUCCUUCAUGGUAGCAAGGAACUCUUCAGGCUCCAGAAGCUCUUAAACCUGAUCUACAAUGGAAAAAUUCCUUUUUUACCUGUUUCUCAUUGGCAUAGCUGUGCGAGCUCAGAUCUGUCCAAAGCGUUGUGUCUGUCAGAUUUUGUCUCCUAAUCUUGCAACUCUUUGUGCCAAGAAAGGGCUUCUGUUUGUUCCACCAAACAUUGACAGAAGAACUGUGGAACUACGGUUGGCAGACAACUUUGUUACAAACAUCAAGAGGAAAGAUUUCGCCAAUAUGACCAGCUUGGUGGACCUGACUCUAUCCAGGAAUACAAUAAGUUUUAUUACACCCCAUGCUUUUGCUGAUCUACGAAAUUUGAGAGCAUUGCAUUUGAAUAGCAACCGAUUGACUAAAAUUACAAAUGAUAUGUUCAGCGGGCUUUCCAAUCUCCAUCAUUUGAUAUUGAACAACAAUCAGCUGACUUUAAUUUCUUCCACAGCAUUCGACGAUGUUUUUGCUCUGGAGGAGCUGGACCUGUCCUAUAAUAAUCUAGAAACGAUCCCCUGGGAUGCUGUAGAGAAGAUGGUGAGCUUGCACACUCUUAGUUUGGAUCACAACAUGAUUGACAACAUUCCUAAGGGAACUUUCUCCCACUUGCACAAGAUGACUCGACUAGAUGUAACAUCGAAUAAAUUGCAAAAGCUGCCCCCUGACCCUCUCUUUCAGCGAGCCCAGGUACUGGCCACCUCAGGAAUCAUAAGUCCAUCGACUUUUGCAUUGAGUUUUGGUGGAAACCCCUUGCACUGCAAUUGCGAGUUGUUGUGGCUGAGGCGAUUGUCCAGAGAAGAUGACCUCGAGACCUGUGCUUCUCCUCCACUUUUAACUGGCCGUUAUUUUUGGUCAAUUCCUGAGGAAGAGUUUUUGUGUGAGCCUCCUCUCAUCACGCGUCAUACACAUGAGAUGAGAGUCUUAGAGGGUCAAAGGGCAACGCUGAGGUGCAAAGCCAGAGGAGACCCUGAACCUGCUAUUCACUGGAUUUCUCCCGAAGGGAAACUUAUUUCAAAUGCAACAAGAUCUCUGGUGUAUGAUAAUGGAACACUUGACAUCCUUAUAACAACGGUAAAAGAUACAGGUGCUUUUACCUGUAUUGCUUCCAAUCCUGCAGGGGAAGCAACACAAACCGUGGAUCUUCAUAUAAUUAAACUCCCUCACCUACUAAACAGUACCAAUCAUAUCCACGAGCCUGAUCCUGGUUCUUCAGAUAUCUCCACUUCUACUAAGUCAGGUUCAAAUGCUAGCAGUAGCAAUGGUGAUACUAAAAUGAGUCAAGACAAAAUUGUGGUGGCAGAAGCAACUUCGUCAACAGCACUACUUAAAUUUAAUUUUCAAAGAAAUAUUCCAGGAAUUCGUAUGUUUCAAAUCCAGUACAAUGGUACUUAUGAUGACACCCUUGUUUACAGAAUGAUACCUCCUACAAGCAAAACGUUUCUGGUCAAUAAUCUGGCUUCUGGAACUAUGUAUGACUUGUGUGUGUUGGCCAUAUAUGAUGAUGGCAUCACUUCCCUCACUGCCACAAGAGUCGUGGGCUGCAUCCAGUUUACUACGGAACAGGAUUAUGUCCGUUGCCACUUUAUGCAGUCCCAGUUUUUGGGCGGAACCAUGAUUAUUAUCAUUGGUGGAAUCAUUGUUGCAUCUGUGUUGGUUUUCAUCAUCAUACUAAUGAUCCGGUAUAAGGUCUGUAACAAUAACGGGCAGCACAAGGUCACCAAGGUUAGCAACGUUUAUUCUCAAACUAAUGGGGCUCAGAUGCAAGGGUGCAGUGUCACACUGCCCCAGUCCAUGUCCAAACAAGCCAUGGGCCAUGAAGAGAAUGCUCAGUGCUGUAAAGUUGCCAGUGACAAUGUGAUUCAGUCUUCAGACACAUGUUCGAGCCAGGACUCCUCCACCGCUACCUCUGCUUUGCCUCCUACCUGGACUUCAAGUGCGUCUGUGUCUCAAAAGCAGAAACGAAAGACUGGCACGAAGCCCAGUGCUGAGCCGCAGAGCGAAGCUGUCACAAAUGUUGAGUCCCAGAACACUAACAGGAACAACUCAACUGCCUUGCAGUUAGCUAGCUGUGCUCCUGCUGCCGUCACAGAGGGGCCCACAUCUCAAAGAGCACAAACCAAGCCAAAUGCUUUGCUGACUAAUGUUGACCAGAAUGUCCAGGAAACACAGAGGCUGGAGUCGAUAUGAAGAGCACCGCUUCUCUCUCUCUCGAAAACAGUUGUCCCUGAUAUUUUUUACUGGAUAAAAUUUGAAAAUGUUUCAGUUCACAAUGGCAGAUUGUUGAACUGCUGUCCAUGAAGGAUUUGCUCAUGGGAGCCAAAGUGACGACAUCUCUGAUGCGGUGGAACUGGCUCUCUCACACCAUGAUUCAUCCCCUUUUAAAACCAAAUUUUUUUCUUCUGAUCUACAAAUAUUUUUUUUAAGAAAGGAAAGAGAACAAAGCCUUCAUUGGCAUCAAGUUCUGUAUCAAUCCAUCCUACAUUGCCAUCCAUGAUUUAACAGACUGUAGAAUCUUGAAUAAUCUAUAUCACUUUAACAAAUAAAUGUUUUACUAUGA